AUGGUCGCAGCCCCCGGCAAACAACCAACUCCCGCUCGCAGCUUGCAGUACAGCUCAAAGUCGCCGUGGCUGUGUGAGACGCAGCUUCCGUUCGGUGAUGGUUUGUUUCAGCUGAUGAACGUAUUGAGCGCAGCCAUCGUCCUCGGGAACUACUUGCUCCACAGCGAGAUAUUCCUUCUUACGGCUGGAGUCAUGGACCACUGGUGCAGACGGCCCGAUUCCUUCGCGAACCUCAGCGUCGACGAAUGGAAGCAGUUGGCCAUACCAGUGGACAAGAACGGCGAGUACAGCCACUGCACGAUUCGCGACCCGCCACACGGAGGCGCAGAAGCGCGCAUCGUGCGCUGCUCGUCCUGGGAGUACGACUACACCCAAUACGGGAACAACAUCGUCAGCGCCUGGGACUUGGUGUGCGACCGGCUCUGGCUCGUGGACUUUGCCAGGCUCGUGUACGCGGCUGCUAGCGUGAUCCCGAUGGCCGCAGCUACUUUGUAUGCGGACAGCAUCGGUCGCCGGACGGCCCUCUUCAUCACCAUUCCUGUGGUCCUUAUAUCGGGUGUUGCCAGUGCUAUGCCGGACGACUUGCAGUUUUUCAUGAUCGUGCGUGCCAUCGUCUCCGCCUCAACGAGCGCACUGGUGCCCCCUGUGAUUACCUUGAUUGCCGAUGUCUGCACGAUGGACAAGUUUCCCACAUACACUGUCGCAAUCUCGUUGCUCUCUUCUGUCAUAAUGCCUGUCACGAUGUUUGCCGCGCAGCUUGCCAGGACAGGGUGGGUCGCCGUGCAGUUCAUACUGAUGAUACCAACGUGUCUACUCGUGGUUCUUUACUACACUGUCACCGAAUCUCCCAUUUGGCUUUUGGCGACCGGUAAUGGGAAGGAAGCCGAGCGUGUCGCUUUGCGUGCAGCGAAUAUGAACAAAGUUUCGGCCGAGGUUUGCCGCGAGCUCAUGGUGCGCCAAAUAGUAGACCUCCGGGCACAUGGUUGGCAAACAGCAGAAAGCAGCAGUCUCUGCAGCAGGUCACUGAGGACACGCACAGUCUUGAUGUGUUGCAUGUGGACGGCGCUAUGCUUUGGCUACGACACGUUCGUCACUAAGGGUGGAAUUCCAACAGGAGACGUUGCAGCGAGCCUCAGUUUCGCCUUGUCGGCCGUUGCAUGUGUCGCCACCAUACCGUUCGUCAAGCACUUCGGUUUAAGAAACGCUGUGGUCGGAUCUGCGUUGGGUUUUGCUGUGACGCUGAUCGCUCUCGCUGGCACAACAUACGGUGGAAUGAAAAUACUGAGCGAAUAUGUGGUAAUCCCAAUGAGGUCAGCGGGCAGCGUGUGCUUCACGUUCUUCACUAUUAUGAGUCUCAAAUCGCUUCCUGUUGUGACGCGCUGCCGUGGAGCUGCCGCUAUGGUUGCCUCUUCCCGAUUCGGGGACACACUGGGCCAGUUCACUCCGCUUUUAAUCGGCGACCAGAGCGUUGUUAUGCGGCUGGCUAUUUCGGGCGCUUUGAUGUCGCUCUUCGUAAUCGCCGCCGAACUUUUCCCCUGGGACUUUGAUUGCUGGGUGCGACAACGCGAAAACAGCUGCCACCGCCCAUCGUGUGAAGGUGCUAAGCGUGCCAUGCGGGAAACACUAGUGCCUCUUCCGAAGGAACCCGUGAAGCACCGGCCGAACAGGACGAAUGACGUAUAG